UCUCACACCCGGAAACGCCGCGGCGCCCGCGCUCAGAACCUGGAGAAGCGUCGCAGCCGCCGCCGCCCACCACCGCUUCAGUCAUGCCGAAGCACGAGUUCUCUGUAGACAUGACUUGUGAAGGCUGCGCGAAUGCAGCCACUCGGGUCCUCAACAAGCUAGGAGGAGUUCAGUUUGAGAUCGACCUGCCCAACAAGAAGAUUUGCAUCGACUCUGAACACAGCAUGGACACUCUGCUGGAAACCUUGAGGAAAACAGGGAAGACCGUUACCUACAUCGGCCUCAAAUAGCGAGGGCCUGGACCCCGGGCCUGCAGGAUGGACCAAAGUGGGCAGACUUCACAUGUUGAAGAAGGUGUGUCCUGUCAAGUCGAUUCAAAUCUUGACAGAAGAGUGGGUAGAAGCAGUGAAGACAGACUGCCUGAGACAGUCCCAGCACAAGUACCUCCCAGCGGGGCACAUAACUCGAUGUCCACAGGAUAACGUGUGGUGAUAGCAUCUCCUGCAAAUGGUGGCUGUGGGGACUAGACGAGGCGACAUGUAGAUCACUCAGAGCAGAGCUUGCCUGUUAGAGACCACUCUGCAAACAUUCUCUAUUCGCAAAUGCAUUUUUUUGCUUGUAUUUCAUUAAUCAAAGAUGUGUACAUGCCCGGCCGGUGUGGCUCAGUGGUUGAGCGUCGACCCAUGCACCAAGAGGUCACCAGUUUGACUCCCAGUCAGGGCA